CGUUCCUCUCUCUCUCUCUGUAUGUGUUUUCCCGCGAUAUCUCGCCGCCUGAGUCUCUCGGCGCCGAAGGGAGAUUUUUUUUUUAAUUAAAAAAAAAACAAAAUCCUAACGGUCUAUUGGAGGGAUGGUGGAAGAAGUAAAGAAGGAAGACAGGAAGGAUGAUAGGAUUCCGGAGAUUUCUCUGCCAUCGUGUUCUCCGGAUUCAGAUUGCAGUUGCGAGAUGACUCCAGGCACUAUUCCUGGGAGAAUGAGUGGUCCAACUAGGAGAUCAACAAAGGGAGGCUGGACAGACAAGGAGGAUGAUCUUUUGGUUGAAGCUGUGAAGCAAUUCAAUGGGAAAAAUUGGAAGAAAAUAGCCGAACUUUUUCCAGGCCGGUCAGAUGUUCAGUGUCUGCAUCGUUGGCAGAAAGUUCUGAAUCCUGAGCUAGUUAAAGGAACUUGGACCAAAGAGGAAGAUGACUGUAUAAUCAAGCUAGUCGCAAAGCAUGGUUCUAAGAAGUGGUCUGUCAUUGCAAAGUCUUUGCCAGGCCGCAUAGGCAAGCAAUGUCGAGAGAGGUGGCACAACCACUUGAACCCUGCAAUAAAAAAAGAUGCAUGGACGCCAGAGGAAGAAGUGACUUUAAUUCAUGCCCACCAAAUAUAUGGAAACAAGUGGGCCAAAAUAACCAAGUUUUUACCUGGAAGGGCAGAUAACUCAAUAAAGAAUCAUUGGAACUGCUCUGUAAAGAAGAAGUUGGACUCAUAUUUGGCAUCAGGAAUUCAUAGUCGUCCGGUUGGAAAUCCUGCUUUCAAAUUGAACAGUCACCAAGAAAAAAUGGGAAGCCUCAAAUCACAUCCUGCAAAACUAGGUACACCUGAUCAGAAACCAAGUGUAGAUAAUCAUUUUAUGACUUCCUCGACAGGUUUUGAUUUUCAAAAUACCAGUAUAGGAAGGAAGGAGUUGAGUUUGGACCCUUCUCUUAUUGGAAAUUCCAAAUGUCUCAAAGUGGAAGAUCAACAUACUUCAACAGAUGAUACUGAAUGCUUGAAGUCAGAGGUGAGACCAAGUCCAACAAGUGACCCUAAAUGCAGGAAAGCGGAGGCAAUUUUUUCUGCAAAUCCUUCUGAUUGGCAUGAAGAUAGAAGUCCAUGUUCAAAUGGCCAAACUAGUUUGUCAUCCAGCACUGUGUGGCCAUGUCAUUUGACUGAUUUGUGGCAUGGAAAUGAUUCUGCUCGUGCUAAUGUGACAGAUGAUUUGCAUAGUACUCCUACACUCCAAUCUAAGGCACAUCCUUCUGUUUUUGAUGGGUUUUGUUCGCAUGUUCCAUAUAAAGAGUCCUCGAAUCAGAGAAGACCUAAAUCUCCAAAAAUCUCUGAGGAGCAUGCUUUUAAUAAGAACAACUCAACGAUCAAAAAUAUGGAUCUAAAUUAUGAGACUGAUAUUUUAAAAAUGCUAACUUUUGAUUCAAGUAGUAAUGGCAUGGUUGAUGACCAUAACCAAGUUACCAGCACACCUCUAAGUUGUGAUGGUGGAAAUGUUGGCUCAUUACCAUACCCAGUUUUGCAGUUGACGCAUGAAGGAAGUUCUCUUUCGGGCAAGAAAAUAUCUAAAACGGAGAGUUACAUCCAACAAGCAAAGAGCCCAGUUCAGUACUGUACACCACCAAUCGUUUCACCAAGUCAUACUUAUAGUCCAAGGGAUCCAAUAUCUUAUUUAAGGGCUUCAGCAAAGAGCUUCAAAAAUACUCCAUCAAUUUUCAGAAGGCGCAGGCUUCUUGAUCUCAGCAGAACUGAUAUUUUGAAUGGCAAACAGUUUUCUCAGGCCUCUCAUAACUAAUUUCAUAUUCUGUCCUCAACCAUCAUUUUCAUAUCCUUGAGUUGCAUCCAAGUUGGUUUCUUGCAGAUGGUUAUUUCCUCUCCCCUGAUUGAGUAGAACUGAUAUCACUCAGAAGAAAGCCAUGAGUUUUAUUAGGCCCCUUAACCAGUUGCAAGCAGUCUGGUGCUAUGCGGGAAUAUGAAGUUGCGGCAAUAUUGGAUGCGCAUUUGCUGUUUCCUGUACAUUGGUGAUUAGGAAGUUCAUUGAGCAUGUAAAUAGAAGCACUAGAUUCUGUAAUCUUUAAAACUUUUUAUCUGCAACUGAAAAUGUUCGUGCAUUUAAUUUAUUUUUCUCCACGGAGGUUUUUUUCCUUGAAUCUGUCUGCCUGAAAAUCCAAACUUUCCAUACACUCUUUUCAGUUUUCUCCCACUCUUAUUUCUCUAUUGCAAUGCCAGAGGCAUGGUAGUGAAUACAUUUGGAUUCCUGAAAUAUAUGGGGAAUGGUAGCGAACAUUUUGAUUCCUGGAGGAUUUUCAUAUCCAGGAGAAAUGGAGUGAUACAAACUUAAUUGUUUGGUUCUGUUUUAACUUAGUCCAGGGCUUGGGGUUUCAAUUCCACACACUGCAACUGGCCCAGGGGAUGACAUGAUGGCAUAAGUGUUGUUGGGAUGAAACUAUGAUAUUAAGCCUUCAGAUAUCUGAACUCGCAUUGAUUACAAUAAACAAAUGCUGAAGGCUCAGAGAAAUCUUUGCAGGUAGAUACAUUGUAAGUGCCUCUACAUGCAUAACCAUACUUUUAGAAGUUGUUGUGUGGGUUGAGGCUGAGCCUUUUGUACCAAAAAGUCUGGAAUAUCUACGCAUCGAAUAAUCUCUUAGCAAUGACUGUGUCAUCCAUAUUCAGAGAACUAGAACUGUCUUUCGAUGAGUAAUUCCACCUAGAUCAACAGCUAUCUUAAAUAAGAUAAAGCGAAGGAUUCCCUCUAACAAGGUGUGCUAGUGGAACAAGAAUAUUUCAAUUUCUGAAAGGAUAUCAAUACAGAGUCUCUCCAAAUCAAGUCUAGUUAUUCAUCAAAGAAUAUCUGUUCUCAUCCUUGGUUUGAUCAAUGAAGUCAAGAGAGCAUUUAUGCCUUUGAUCAUUCGAACUAUGGAUAUCGACACAAAAUCCCUUGACAUCAAAAUAUCACCACAUGCCACUGCCACAAACAGAAGGUUCUUUUUGCUAGAGAUAGUAAUGUAAACCAUAAGGUUAUGUGGAACCCAUGAUUGGCUAGAAGAAAGUACUUCUUGGUUCUAGAUUACAAGCAGAACCAUGCACUUAAGAUCCCAUUUAGAUUUA